AUGGACACUCACCACCUUUUGCUAAUUCGGCUUAGAUAUCUACAAGUAAACCCUACGAUAUCUUUAAUCAUCAUCGACUCGGAAGCCACAGUAGGCGGCGUGUGGUCCAAAGCAAGAUGUUAUCCGGGCUUCAUAGCAGAUGGCCCCGUCGGCCUAUUUGACUUUAGUGAUCUACCAAUGUCCGGCGUCAUCGGGCUCAAAAACUGGGAUGAGCUGCCUGGCAUCAAAGUCCAUGAAUACCUGCACGAAUAUGCCCGGAAAUAUCAUCUGCUCGAGCAAUGUAAAUUUUCCUGCCGAGUCACAAAUGUUCACCGAGCAACACCAGAGGGAGGAUGGGCUUUGGACACGCAAACCACCAGCGACGACGGCAAGCAGAUAUCUGAGUCACUCACAUGCGAUAAACUGAUUGUCGCAACGGGGCUGUAUUCGAAUCCCAAAUGUCCAGAUUUAAUGACGUCCGAGUUCAAGGGGCCAGUGAUGCAUACCAAAGACAUUGGACAGCAAUACGACGCCCUCCUUGGCACAAACGUCGAAAGCGUUGCUAUAUAUGGCGGAGGUAAAUCAGCCAUUGAUGCCUUGAACCUUUGCAUUGAAGCAGGGAAGAAAGUCCACUGGAUCAUCAGCGACAAAGGCAGCGGCCCCAACGUCUUAUUCAAUACUCGGCUAAAGGGGGGAUUUCACGUUGGCCAGUUUGUUGGAAGAUGGAAAGACAUGUUUUCUGCCAGCAUCUUCAGCGUCGACACGUUCUUUGGGCGAUUCUUUUACAGUGGGAAGAACAGGCUGGGGACGUGGUUCAUUGACAAGUUCUGGUCCUUUGCGACCAAGAAGAUGCGGACAAGUGGGCUGUACGCCGGCAUGACGGAUGCAAAUAGAGAAAAGUUGUUGCCUGAAGACGAAAGUGCUUUAUUUUCGGCUGCUGGAGGCGCCGCUCUUCAUAGCUGUCCCAAGUUCCUCCCAGAACUAAGCAAACCCGACGGUCUUAUCAUGGUUCACCGAGCCCGCAUUACUUCUGCUCAAGAUCAAAUGCUGCAUCUUUCUAAUGGCGAGACUGUCAACUGUCAAGCUUUGGUGUAUGGCACGGGUUGGUCAGGUGAAGACAUGCUCUUUGAGCCGUCCCUCGGACUCUCUCUAGGCUUGCCAAAGCCCGUGGCACUGGAAGAUCAAAUCUCGAAAGAUUAUUGGCAGAAGCUUCAUACGAAAGCAGAUGUGGAUGUGCUAUCACUUCUACCGAUCCUGAAAGACUCGCCGGGACUCCGGAGCACACCUACUCUCACACCAUAUCGCUUACACCGAUACAUGCUGCCUUCGUCUUUGGCCGCACAAAAUGACCGAUCUCUCGUAUUUCUAGGAUAUCUGAUCAGUUUUCAGACGCAUAUUCUCAGUGAAGUCUCCGCUCUAUGGGCAAUCUGCUGGCUUGAUAACCUCGUCGAUUUAAACAUCUCAAACAAGGAGGACAUAGACUAUGAGAUUGCAAAGGUAAAUGCGUGGUCGCUUCGGAAGAACUUGACUUUGGAACCGAGGCCCGGUAGUGGAAUUCAGCAUUUUAUUGAUCUGUUGAUGAAGGAUAUGGGACUAAAGGCAAAGCGAAAGGGAAGACUUGGAAUCCGAGAUACGUUUGUCCCUUACAAAUCCCAAGAUUACCUAGGAAUUGUGGAUGAGAUUAUACAAAAGUCGAAAGGACACAUACGAUAAUACAUACCAAUUUACUACAC